AUGAAAGAUAUAAAGUCUAAAAAUCCAGAAUUUCUUAGUACAAAUAAAAAUAAUAAGAAACAAAAGGAUAAGAAGACUAUCGAGGAAAAUAAAGAUUUUAAUAAUGAGCUCUCAAAAUAUAAACAAAGUUUCUACAUAAUUAAAAAGACCAUAAAUAUAAUUAAAAAUCAUUAUUAUAAUAAAAUAAACAAUAUUGAUACCUUACGAAUACGGGAAAAAAAAAAGUUAUGCUACUUGAAGAGGAAAAAUGUAAUUUUAGAAGAUAAGUGCACCUUUUAUUGUGAACAUGUGGAGGAAAUAAAAAAAAUCUACACAGAACAAAUAAAUAUGAAAAAUGAAAAGAUUAAAUCUCUUCAGGAUGAUUUGGAUAUAGCGAAUAUAAAAUCUGAGGUUGAAAUUCCUAAAAACACAGAGAAUAUCCUGAAAUUGAGAGAAGAACAAAUAGAAAGACUGUCUGUACAAAUUGAUUCACUUAAUGAAUUAUAUCACAAGCAAGUGGAUAAUAACAAGAAAUUAAUUUCCGAAUUGGAAGAGCUAAAUAAAAGUGUUCUCUAUUUAAAUAAUAAAAUUCAAGAAGAAAGGAAUAGCAGAGAACAGAUGAAAAAAAAACUUAGGUUUUAUAAAAGAUAUAAUCGGAAUAAAAAAAAGUUCAAACUGAACUUUGACGUUUUAAAUAUUAAUAAGGAUGAUAUAAAAGAAAUGAAAGAUGACGAAAAAGAGAAGGAAGAUAUAUGCAUUUCUAUUUUGUGUCUUCUUAAGACUGAACUUGAAAUUAUUGAUGAUGAGAAUAAGAAAAAAAGAGAAGAAGAUGAUGAAGAAAAAGAAAAAUUAAAAGUAAAGAGUAACAAUUUUUUUAAAAAAUUAUUUGGUUCGAAUUAUAAACAUAAAAAAUUAGGUCUUCUAGAAAAUAUAUCAAAGAAACAAUUUUUUUCAUUUUAUGAAAAAGCAUUCACCGAAAAUAAUAAAAUAAAAUUUGACAAAAAACAAUUUUUCUUCUUUCCAUCUAAUAUAAAAAAAAAAAAAAUGAACAAAAAAUAUCACCACAUACAUAAUGAACUAAAAUAUAAUAUUCAUAUGAAAGAAAUACAGAAGAAAGAAAAAAAUAAUAAUGAUAAUAAAAAUAGUAAAUGGAAUUAUCUAACGAUGAAUAAUAUUUAUUUUUAUAAUAAUUUCAAUGAUAAUUUUGAUGAAGAACCUGAUCAUAAAUUUUGUGAUAAUAAUAAAAAUUACGAGGGAAGGAAUAGUAUAGAUGAUUAUGUUUUUUUCAAAAAAUAUAAUAACAUUAAUAGUGAUCAUAUUGUAUUUACUAAUAUGAUUGAAAAUAAUACGAAAAUGAGAGAAGACGGAUCAAAUAAUAUAAACGAGGAAGAAAAAAAAAAAUGA